AUGCAUUUACGUCUACAGCACUUCUCGCAAUGGGCACUGAUUUGCGGAGUGAUCUCUUUGGUGCCGAGUUCACACUAUCGGUUUGCGCAAAUGAAUUUAUCGUCGAUGACCUCUUCAUCCGGAUCUACAACGACUUCGGGACAGACAAACUUUGAUAUUGAGGAUUCAAAGGGGAUCUUCGUGGAUUUGCCAUUGAUCAAUCAUUUGAACUUAACAAUAAACGAUGGCAUUUACAAAAAGAUGAAGAAAAUGGCCGAGACGUUGUCGGCGAUGGAUUACGAGGAAGAGCGCAUCCGACGUGUGUCCUAUUGGAAAUCGAGCAUUUCGACGCGUGGAAUAACCGAGAAAGGCCCGAGAAGCUUUACAGUUGUUCACUGGCUUGAAGGAGCCAGACGAUUCCCAUAUGUGCCCCGUUCAGCAGUCGGCCUCUCU